GACUCCAGGAGGGAUUAUGGUAUUGUAGUCAGGAAGCCAGAAUUGUGGAGGCCAAAAAGCAUGCUGGGGCUGUGUUCCAAACAUUGAGAUAGAGGUACAUAAUUAUCCAGCGCAGGAGGUCUUUCCAGAGACUCGUCCCCCAGCAACUGUGGCCAUCCAACUAUGAAAAGAAUUCGGUUUCGUUUCAUCUUCGUUGGACUCUUGCUUCUUUUGGGAAGGGGCAAUCCUUGAACCCUGGUCGCUGUCGUGGCGCUAAAAAAAGCGGUUUGGCUCCGUGGAUGGGUCCGGAGCUCUGAUUUUUGCUUUGCUACACCUUCGCAAGCCUCGGGUUUGAGUUUGCUGCUGCCCUGUGGGUGACGAGGCCCUUCGUUCCGCUGGCAGAUGUUGAGGUGCAGAAGCCGGCAGAAAGCUUCAGCAGCAGCCGUCGUUCCAAGGGAGGAGGCAUUACCCUGGCCGAAGGCACUGCUUUCUCUCCAUGCUUCUCUAGAGGUGUUCAGAUGGGAUUAAAGUCCACAUGGAGAUAUGGAAAUGGACCAGGAAUUUACUCUAAAAAGAUGGUCAGCUGGGAUUUGGGUUGCCUUAUCUGCCUGGUGGUGGUCACCAUGGCUGGACUUUCCCUGGCUCGACCUUCGUUUAAUUUAGUUGUUGAAGACACCACACUGGAACCUGAAGAGCCGCCAACCAAAUACCAAAUCUCUCAGCCAGAUGUAUAUUCAGCACUUCCAGGAGAACCGCUUGAGUUGCGCUGUCAAUUGAAAGACGCCGUCAUGAUCAGUUGGACUAAGGAUGGGGUCCCUCUGGGCCCCGACAAUAGGACAGUGAUUAUUGGGGAGUACUUACAAAUUAAGGAUGCUACACCCAGAGAUUCGGGCCUCUAUGCUUGCACUGCUGUUAGGACCCUAGACAGUGAUACUCUGUACUUCAUUGUAAAUGUUACAGAUGCUCUUUCCUCUGGGGAUGAUGAAGACGACAAUGAUGGGUCCGAGGACUUUGUGAAUGACAGCAACCAGAUGAGGGCACCCUAUUGGACACAUACGGACAAAAUGGAGAAAAGGCUACAUGCGGUGCCAGCAGCAAACACCGUCAAAUUUCGUUGUCCAGCGAUGGGAAACCCAACACCGACCAUGCGAUGGCUGAAAAAUGGGAAAGAAUUUAAACAAGAGCAUCGUAUUGGUGGAUACAAGGUCCGCAACCAGCACUGGAGUCUCAUCAUGGAGAGCGUGGUCCCGUCUGACAAAGGGAAUUAUACGUGCAUAGUGGAAAACCAGUACGGAUCCAUCAAUCACACGUACCACCUCGACGUCGUUGAGCGAUCACCCCACAGGCCCAUCCUCCAAGCUGGCCUUCCAGCAAAUGCCUCUGCAGUCGUCGGAGGUGACGUUGAGUUUGUCUGCAAAGUCUACAGUGAUGCUCAACCUCAUAUUCAGUGGAUAAAACAUGUAGAGAAGAAUGGCAGUAAAUACGGACCAGAUGGACUGCCAUAUCUUCAGGUUUUAAAGCAUUCGGGGAUAAAUAGUUCCAAUGCUGAAGUGCUGACACUGUACAAUGUGACAGAGGCGGACGCUGGAGAAUAUAUUUGUAAGGUCUCCAAUUAUAUAGGGGAGGCCAACCAGUCUGCCUGGCUCUCUGUUCUGCCAAGUAUACAAGCUCCUGAAAAAGAAAAAGAAUAUCCGACAUCUCCAGACUACCUGGAAAUAGCAAUUUACUGCAUAGGGGUCUUCUUAAUUGCCUGCAUGGUGCUGACAGUCAUCCUGUGUCGCAUGAAGAACACCACCAAGAAGCCCGAUUUCAGCAGCCAGCCCGCUGUCCACAAGCUGACAAAGCGAAUCCCUCUGCGCAGACAGGUAACAGUGUCAGCAGACUCGAGUUCCUCCAUGAAUUCCAACACACCUCUGGUGAGGAUAACUACUCGCCUCUCCUCUACUGCUGAUGCCCCCAUGCUGGCAGGAGUCUCGGAAUAUGAAUUGCCAGAAGACCCAAAAUGGGAAUUUCCAAGAGAUAAGCUGACGCUGGGUAAACCCCUGGGAGAAGGUUGCUUUGGGCAAGUCGUCAUGGCCGAAGCGGUGGGGAUUGACAAAGACAGGCCAAAAGAAGCAGUGACUGUGGCAGUGAAGAUGUUGAAAGAUGAUGCUACAGAAAAAGAUCUAUCUGACCUGGUGUCAGAGAUGGAGAUGAUGAAGAUGAUUGGGAAGCAUAAAAAUAUCAUCAAUCUCCUUGGAGCCUGUACUCAGGAUGGGCCGUUGUACGUGAUAGUAGAAUACGCUUCCAAAGGAAACCUACGUGAGUACCUGCGAGCACGUCGCCCCCCGGGGAUGGAGUAUUCGUUUGAUAUUAACAGGGUACCAGAAGAGCAGAUGACGUUCAAGGACUUAGUGUCAUGCACUUACCAGUUGGCAAGAGGCAUGGAGUACCUGGCUUCACAAAAAUGUAUUCAUCGAGACUUGGCUGCAAGAAAUGUUUUGGUAACUGAAAAUAAUGUCAUGAAAAUAGCAGACUUCGGUUUAGCCAGAGACAUCAACAAUAUAGAUUAUUAUAAAAAGACUACUAAUGGACGGCUUCCAGUAAAGUGGAUGGCUCCAGAAGCUCUGUUUGACAGAGUUUACACACAUCAAAGUGAUGUUUGGUCGUUUGGUGUGUUAAUGUGGGAGAUCUUCACGUUAGGAGGAUCGCCCUACCCAGGAAUCCCAGUGGAGGAACUUUUUAAGCUGCUUAAAGAAGGGCACCGAAUGGAUAAACCUGCCAACUGCACCAAUGAACUCUAUAUGAUGAUGAGAGAUUGCUGGCAUGCUGUGCCUUCACAGAGACCGACUUUUAAACAGUUGGUAGAAGACUUGGAUCGGAUUCUCACUCUCACAACUAAUGAGGAGUAUCUGGACCUCAGUGGACCUCUUGAACAGUAUUCACCCAGUUACCCGGACACGAGGAGUUCGUGUUCUUCAGGUGAUGACUCUGUUUUUUCUCCCGAUCCAAUGCCUUAUGAACCUUGUCUUCCCAAGUACCAACACAUGAAUGGAAGUGUUAAAACAUGAAAAGAAAUCAUACAGAAGAAUAAAGAAACAAGAACAUCAAGCUACCUACCAUAUACAAAACAGAAUCCUUUUCUCCAGGACGUUAAUGUUUCUGCUUGUACAUAUGAAAUAUGAUUAAAAAGUUAAAAAAAGAAAACUUGGAGGAAAGCAGUCAGAACCUAUAUAAAGAAUCUCAUAAUUUGCAACUUUCAAAUAUUCCCAACAAAGAAGAAUGUUUAUGAGCUGUGUCUAGAUACCUGUCACUAUCAAUUUUCUGGCUUCCUGUAAGCUGCAACAGACUUUGUUUGUACAAUGGACCAGUUGGACUUGAGGCAAACUCUGGGUCUGCCUUUCUUGUUUAUUUUGUAAUAUUUGGAGAAAAUAUAUGUUGGCACACACUUACAGAGCACAAAUGCAGUAUAUAGGUGCUGGAUGUAUGUAAAUAUAUUCAAAAUAUGUAUAAAUAUAUAUUAUAUAUAUUUACAAUGAAUUAUUUUUUGUAUUGAUUUAAAAAUGGAUGUCCCAAUCCACCUAGCAAAUUAGUCUCUUUUUUAACAGCUAUUUGCUAAAUGCUGUUCUUACACAGAAUUUCUUAAUUUUCACCAUCCAAAGGUGGAAAAUACUUUGCUUUCAGGGAAAAUGGUAUAUCAUUAAUUUAUUAACUAAUUGGUAAUGUACAAAACAGUUAAUCGUUUAUAGGGUUUGUUGUGUUUUUGUAAUUUAAAUGGCAUUUCUAUGCAGGCAGCACAGAGAACUAGUAGAUAUAUUGCUCAGACUUUACUAGUUUUCAGAUCUUUAAAAAAAGAAAUAUUUACAGUAUAUAACUAAUUUUUGGGAGGUAAACUUUUGAUUUAUUUGUGUUCAAAAACUGCAGUGUCAGGUGAUUAUUCUUAUCAAAAGCAAAUCCUUUAACAAGAAAGUCUUUUAUUCUCAGUAUCUGUCACUUUAACAAUUUAACUCUUUAGUGAUGUUUCCCAUGGCCAAAAAGCAGAAUCAUUCCAAACACACACAGACACACACAAAAAAUACCCAACAACAAAAUUUUUUUAA